AUGUGUCGGACGACGCCCGAUGGGCCCCACCGUGAGGACUAUUGUUCAUCUGAUAACUGCAUCGCUGCUGCCAGUACCAAUGGCACUUGUUCUCAGUUGGCCGAAUGUGAUCCUGGUGUCUACCCAGGCUGGGGUGACAGUUGGGGCUCUGACUAUGCUGCAUCAGAGAACUGCCCUUUAAAUGUAUGUUGCAGCGAAUAUGGCUUCUGCGGAACAACCACAGACUUUUGUGGCGACAGUAGUGUGGCUGAGCCCGUAUGCGAUGGAACUUCGGCCACCAAAAGAACCAUUGCAUAUUAUGAAGGAUGGAACGCUGAGCGCAGCUGUGAUACUAUGCCACCGGAAGACAUUCCAAUCGGCGGGUACACACACCUCAAUUUCGCCUUCCUGUAUAUUGACCCCGAUCUUUACACCAUUACACCGAUGGAGACCUCUCAACAGAAUCUCUAUAGUCGCGUCACUGCGUUGAAAAAGCGCAAGGCUGGCUUGAAAGUAUGGAUUUCUAUUGGAGGAUGGUCCUUCAACGACCCAGGAUCAUCUGCCAGCACUUUCUCUGAACUCGCAGCAUCCAAAUCCAAGCAAUCAACCUUCUUUGAUUCACUGUUGAAUUUCUUGGAAACAUACGGUUUUGAUGGUGUCGACUUGGACUGGGAAUAUCCAGUCGAUUCAGACCGCGGUGGAUCAGACGCCGAUUAUGACAACUAUCCCACUUUCUUGGCGAACCUCCGCUCCGCACUUGAUGGUGCAGACAAAGGCUAUGGAUUGACUAUCACUUUGCCCAGCAGUUACUGGUAUCUUAAGGACUUUGAUAUCGUGAGCAUGGCAAGAUGUGUGGACUGGUUCAACAUGAUGACCUAUGACCUCCACGGUGGUUGGGAUGCAGAUGAUCCUUGGAUCGGCUCUAUUGUUAACGCACAUACCAACCUGACGGAAAUCAAAAUGGCGAUGGAUCUUUUGUGGCGAAAUGAUAUUGAACCUUCUCAGGUCACUAUGGGGCUGGGCUUCUACGGCCGAAGUUUCACUCUGAAUGAUACGUCUUGUGUCACUGCAGGAUGUCCUUUUUCGUCGGUUGGUAAUGCGGGGCCUUGUACGAACAGUGUUGGUACGCUCUCAUUCUCGGAAAUUGAAGCAAUCUUGAAGGAUGAGAGUCGCGGAGCUACGCAGACCUACGAUGAAGCUGCUGCGGUACAGAUCGUUACCUUUGAUGACAACCAAUGGGUCAGCUAUGAUAACUGGGUUUCAUUUGAUGCCAAGAUGGACUACGCGAAUUCCCACUGUAUUGGAGGAACAAUGGUCUGGGCUGUCAGUUUGGACAUCGAUGGGACUGCAACCAAUGGUCUGACUGGGGAAACUAGUAUAUUCCCGGGUGACGAUGGUUCUGAUGGAGGAAGUGAAGAUAUUUAUAUCGGACCUGAUCUCUGGACCAAUGGUACCAACGAGAUUUCCUGCGAGCCGCCUUGCACUAUUAUCCUACCUCCAUUCCCACUUUCUACUCCGGCAACAAUUUCCUGGCCGGAUUAUACGACUACCAUUGCAUCAAGCUCAGACGGAGCCACAUUGACCAAGACGACGAUAAUAGCUGUCUCUCCAUUCAUCAUCGAUGAGAUCCCAUUCUGGCCUAUCACUGUUACGAGCACCGGUGGAGAUGCUUUCUUGAGCCCCAAGCAGAGCAUUGCUCCACCCACCUUUGGUUUAACUCUGCCUGGCACUGAGGCUACCUUCCCUCUUUUCCACACUGAUUACACCUCCAUCCUGGCCGCGGCCUCCACAACAACAACAAGUGCGGCAAAUGCUACCGUACCAUCAGCUACUGCAUCAGUCGCAACACCUGCUGCUGUCCAGAGCGGUAUCGUAUCUGAUUGCAAAGAGUUUUAUCAAGCGGUCUCAGGCGAUGGAUGUUAUGGAAUUGCCAGUGUGUACAGCAUUACACUAGCACAAUUCGUCGAAUGGAAUCCGGCCGUUGGAUCAGAUUGCUCGGGGCUUUGGGUUGAUGAAUACUAUUGCGUUGCUAUUGCCUCAACCACGACCGCUGCCAUGACCAGCAACACAUACACUGCCGACACUGCAAGCUUUUUCACCAGCUCGCACGUUAUUACAGUAGCUCCGGAGGCCACGGCGACGUCAAUUCAACCCCCAGGGACGUCUGUUCCUAUACUCACGUAUUCUGACGGAGAAGCACCCUCAAAUGGAGGGUUGGAGAAUGUGGACUCUUUGGAUGCGAUGGAGGCUGUGGUCUCGGCUUUUGCGGCGGUGGCUGUGGUCUCCUUGGGUGUGGCCCUGGAUGCGGUGACGUUCUUCCUGCUUUUAGGAGAAUGUCUUCAAGACGGUGGGGGUGGUGGCUCCGAUGAAGAAGAGUCUUCCACUUCUGAAUCAUGUAGCGCAACUGCCACACCUACUGUCACGACUGUUUGCGACUAUGCCUGCGCACAAGAGUCGGAUACAGCCUGUGUAACCCUUUGCACGUCUCUCACAAUGAGCUGUGAGCCUACCGGGUUCACUGCCUUCUCGCUCGGCACCGUGGAUGCAGACGGCUGGCCAUCCACUUUACUUUACGAGUCAGAUGAUGCUCUAACAUCCGACGCUUACUCUGCAGCGUCCUCGUUGAACCCGCUGUAUACAUCCAUGGAUCCUGUUAUGAUAAACAGCACAACCAUCACUGCGUCAGCUACGGCACCAAGCGUCGCUUUGACCACCGCCACUACAAAGACCACCGCCACUGCUAUCUCGGCUACUUCUUGUGCUAUUCAGACUACCAGCUCCUCUUCUUAUUGUUCAUGUAAUGGAGGAUACGGCGUGUCUCUGUCCACGAAGACCAAUGCGGCCAAAUCCACGUUCCUUGUCUGCGGAGUGACCCCGGCCCUGACAGUUUCCACAAUUACGCCAAAGACUACCAGCACCAAAACUACGUCCACAAAAACUACCACGUCUUCAACCAGCCAGUCUACCUCCACGGGAUUUACCCUUGCAAUGGUUUACUGGUCAGCCUCCGAAUGUCCUAUUGGAUUCACAUGCGAGAAGGGUCACAAGUGGAACUCAAUGAUGGUCACAACUGAUAAUGAGGCUGCGUAUCUCAAAGGCACGUGGAAUAAGGGUGGCAUGGUCGAUGGAGCGAAAGCAACCUUUUGCGGUCAGACUUCGACUUUCACAAUAGAUGGUGAUAACAUCAAGGGAACAAGCAGUGACAGUAAGUAUGGCUCAUACGUUUGCAAGAGCGAAGCGGUACCUGCGGAUCGCAGCGCUUAUAUUCCAUCGAACACGGUGUCUUUUGAUAUAACAAAGAUGUGGGCCUGUCAGACAGAUAUGUGUCUAUGA